GAGAUUUGUUUUCUGUGAAUCCUGGAGUUGCUAAGCUGAUAAAAGGUCUUUUUACCUUUAAUGAACGUGUGGUCCUCGUGGGUAAAUGGAAGCACGGUCUUUUCUCAAUGACAGCUGUUGGUGCAACAAAUGUUGGUUCAAUUGAACUGAAAUUUGACAAGAAUUUAAAAACUAAUUGUAGAGGGCAAUACAGAAAAGGUGAUUUUAGCGAUUAUUCAUAUGUUACAGAACCAUCUAUAAGUGGGAUAUGUUUGACGAAAGGUGAAGUCUGCGGAAAGUUUAACUUAGGAUCCACGAUUGUACUCAUAUUUGAAGCCCCAAGUAACUUUCAGUUUAGCAUAAUCCCAGGCCAGACUAUCAAAUUGGGACAGAAAUUAGGCAAUCAAUGAUAUUUCAUCAACAGCAUCAUGGUUUUAAAAAGAUGAUACUGUAUAUCAGCUGUAAAGAAAAAUUCUAUUUGGGUGGAACAAUUUUUUUUGAGAUUGCAAUAAAGGUUACGUAUUUGAAAAAUCAGAAUACUGUAUUGAAAAUUAUGCGAAUACUGUAUGUAGACCAACUAUUUUCAAAGAAUAAAUUAUUGUCAUCAUCACUCUUAUAUUUAAAAUUUUAAUAUUAUUGUUAUUUUAAUUAAAUACUAAAAAUAAAAAUCUUAUUCUGUACAGUAAUUAUAUUGCCAAUAGUUAAAACACACAUAAAAUGUGUUAAAAGUCUAAAAAAUGUUGAAUGUGAAAAUUAUCAGCUUAAAAUGGAAUGUAUGUAAGCAUGUAACUACUGUACUGUGAGACUAAUUAAUAUUGAAGAAUGGGUGAUUAAUAUUCGAUCUGCAUAGGAUUAAUGUGUAAGAUUACUAAACAUAUGCAAGAUUUAUAUUGAAGAAAAUUGGAUUAAUAUAAAACCAUGCAAGAUUUAUAUAAAACCAUGUGAAAUGAAUAUUGAGAAAUAUUAUAUUUAUACUACAUGGAUUACCAUAUUAUGUUUCCAAUUAAGGUUAAUAUAAACUAUUAAUUUAAAAUAUAAUAGUUGGUUAAACUGGUGGUUGUCACUGUGCUGAAACAUGGACUCGCAAACCUUGAACUGGUUCAAUUCUAUUCGCUGCUUGUGUUUUACCUGCAGUUAUGAAAUUAAACUGUCAGUAGCAGACUGUUUUUCGUAUUAGACAAUUAAGCCAUUAGUUUAUGUGUGCAAUAUGACCCAUGUAUUGCUUAAUAUGACCCAUGUGCGUGUUUUAGAACCCAAUACUAAUCCCGGAAAAAAUGAAGAUUGCAAAAGUAGUCCCUAUUUACAAGAAGGGCGAUCGUCAUAUAGCAUCCAAUUAUCGUCCAAUAUCUUUGUUACCAAUCUUCUCCAAAAUUUUUGAAAAAAUUAUCUAUACUAGACUGUAUAGUUACUUAUCAAGGUUUAACAUACUAAACAAUUGCCAGUACGGUUUUAGAAAUAUACAUUCAACCUCACAUGCUGUAAUUGAUUUGGUUUAUAAAGUAUUAAGUGCUUUUGAAAAAAAAACAAUAUGCAAUUGCAACAUUUAUAGAUCUAUCAAAAGUAUUUGAUGUUAUAGAUCAUGGUAUUUUAUUAAACAAACUGUCUCACUACAGUAUCUGGGAUAUUGCACUGUCAUUUUUCAGAAACUACCUGAAAUCCCCAAAACAGUAUGUUUGUAGUAAAGGGCACAGAAUCUAGUUUAAAAGAGACAAAUUUUGGUGUACCACAAGGGGCCGCUAUUGUUUCUCAUUUACGUAAAUGAUAUUUACAAUUCAUGUACUGCAAUCGAUAUGUGAGAAUACUUCAAAUGUCUCCUCCAAUGAGUAUUUAAAGAUUUAAUUCCUUUUUUAUACCCUCAUAUCAUAUAGCAAUGUAGACAUUAACAAUCAAUUAAAUGAAAAAAAAAAAAAAAAAUUAAGAUAAGCAUAGUUUUAGUUAGGGCAUGGAAUUUAUAAUUUCACUUCACAGUUUCCAUGCCCUUUUAAUGUACCUUUUGCAGAAUCUAUCAAAAAUAUCUUCACUUGAUAGGAAGAGUCGAAUAUCCCAAAUAUUUAAAUUUAGUAUUUUCAUUUGCAUUACGGAAUUUAUAAUACAGUUCAUAGUUGCCAGUUUGUACUAAAUCUUUGUUUAGGUUACAACUAAAAAUAAAAUGGUGGAUACCGUCAUCGGAAUUAAGAUUGCAUAAUUUACAUUUCUUGUUUUUAUCCGGAUUCCAUUUUGAAGUACUAUUGAUUAACGGUAAGGUAUUAGAUCUGAGUUUGAUUUUUAAUGCAAUUCCUUCAAAAUAAUUGUCAAUGAGGUAAUUUUCGAGUUAAGGUUUUAAUUUCAAUG